AUGGGUUCACAUUAUAUUAUUUCAAAAGGAUCUAUUAAGGAGGCAAAUGCAAGGUACAACAAACUAAACAGUCAUUUAGAAAUCACCUUGUCUGAUACAUCCAUAGUAAAACGCAGCACCAACAAAGAACAAGCAGAUCAACAAACUACUCCUUUCACACCUAUUAGUGAAUUGUUUCAACUAACAAACAAUACACUAGUUGACGUUAUUGGUCUUGUUCUAUAUGUUGGAGAUAUCAUUCCUAUUCAUAGGAAAGAUGGCAGUCAAACACAAAAACGUGUCGUGAAAAUUAAUGAUCUAUCUGGUUCAACAAUUGACAUCAACUUAUGGGGCCCAAUAGCAAAACAAAAGGGCCUAGAAUUGAAAAAUAUGUUGACCAAUGAUAGUGUGGUAAUCCUUGCUUUACGUAAUGCUCAUGUUGGCUAUUUCAAUGGCAAGCUUGUAAACAUAAUAGGUGCAACAACAUUACAUAUCAACCCAAGUUUUCCAGAAGCAGGCCUUCUAACAUCAAGAGGAAAGGACCCUUUGCUUGUUGUACCCUUUGUUGUAGAAACUAUCCACAUAGAUGGCAAAUAUACUAGAAUGACAAUCUCUUCGAUCCGUGAGCGGAUGAGCAUCAAACUAGAAAUAAUUCAGACAACAUUGCUAGCUAUUCUAUGCUAUGUCAAUGUCAAUGACCAAUAUUUCUAUUACACAGCUUGCCCACUGAUAGUCAAUGGAAGGCCUUGCAAGAAAAAAUGUACACAGCAAGCUGAUAAUUCUUGGUUCUACUCUAGAUGUCAAAUGAGUAUGCAAGACUGUAAUUAUAGUUACCUCCUGCCUCUAAAGUUGCAAGAUGCCACAGAAUCCAAGAUGAAAGUGACAGUCAAUAAAGUUGCUCUUGUUGACUUCAAAGCUGAGUGCCAUGCACUGCUUGCAGAAAUUAGCUGCCUAAGUACAGAGACUUAG